AUGCGGCCGAUAUUUUCAGCCCUGCAAAGGGCCGCGCCGACAGCCUGGAGCCCGCCCACCCGAGCUGUCCAGAGCCCUCGCGUGGCAUGGGAACUGGACUCCAUUUGCACCAGAUGUCGCCAGCACCAAAUCCGCCAGCUCUCCAAGUCGCGUCAGCUGGCAAACAAUCUAUCAAUUGUUGACCAUCCAGCGCAGCUGGUCCGCACCGGCCGGAAACAUGGGCCAGGACUGAUUAUUAUUGCUCUGAUCCCAAUCAUAUCGUUUGCGCUGGGCACCUGGCAGGUGCAGCGCCUCGACUGGAAGACCAAGCUGAUUGCCAAAUUCGAGGACCGCCUCGUGAGACCUCCUUUGCCAUUACCGCCAAAGAUCGACCCGGAUGCGAUCUCCGAGUUUGAUUAUCGUCGUGUAUACGUCACGGGCCGUUUGCGCCAUGACAAGGAGAUGUUGGUCGGGCCCCGCAUGAACGACGGCGAGGACGGGUUCGUCGUGGUGACCCCCCUCGAGCGAGGUGAUGGACAGAGCACGGUGCUCGUGAACCGGGGCUGGAUUUCUAGGAAGCUGCAGAACCAGAAGGACCGGCCGCAGGGGCUACCCCAAGGGAACGUGACCGUGGAAGGAUUGCUACGGGAGCCGUGGAAGAAGAACAUGUUUACGCCGGAGAACAAGCCGGAGGAAGGGAAGUUCUACUUUCCUGACAUUGUUCAGAUGGCUGAGUUGGGUGGGAGCCAGCCCGUUUGGAUUGAGCAAACUAUGGUGCCCGAUCUGGUCGAAUCGUAUGAUCGCACGGCCAAGGGUAUCCCAAUUGGCCGCGCAGCAGAAGUCAACCUGCGAAACAAUCAUUCCCAGUACAUCUUCACCUGGUACGGCUUAUCCUUGGCCACAUCCAUAAUGCUGUGGAUGCUUGUGCGAAAGAACCCCAACGAGGCAAUGCGCCGUGUCCGUCAGAACCGGAACUGGUGA